AUGGAACAAUCUAUUCCUACUGAGCCUGCGCCUGUCGGUGUCCGGUGUGAGAGCAUCGAGUCUUCACAAUCCCAGACAGCCCGAGAAUUUAUCAACGAUCAAAUGCGCCUUGAGGCUGAUGCGCGUGAGAUUCUACCUUAUUCCUUUGACUCUUGCACUUAUUCACUCGGCCCAUUGAAACAGAGCCUUUUCGCCUGUUUGACAUGUAACCCCUCUGAAAACAAUGACGAUGACUCAACCGAUGCUGGAAUCUGUUAUUCCUGCUCCAUCGCCUGUCACGGUGAACACACUCUGGUGGAACUUUUCAACAAGCGUAACUUUGUCUGUGACUGUGGAACCACUCGCAUGCCAGCCACAUCUCCAUGCACAUUGCGUGAAGACCCCAAGACCGGCCGCAAGGGCGUCCACUCCCAGGAGGCGGCUAAAGACAAUAAGUAUAACCAAAACUUUCGCAACCGGUUCUGUGGCUGUGGGGAGCAAUAUGAUCCCCACCAGGAGAAGGGUACCAUGUUCCAAUGCCUCGGCCUCGACUCCGCUGAAGCGGGUGGCUGUGGUGAAGACUGGUGGCACCCAGAGUGUCUCAUCGGUCUACCACGGGACUGGUAUAAAAAGAACCCGGACAUGCAAAAACCAGAGACUUUCGGCGGCGCUGAUGGCGCUGAUGAUGGCGCCGACGAGGAGAACGACGAGGUUCCUCUGCCCCCAGGAUUCCCUGCCGAAGAUGAUUUCGAUCAGUUCAUUUGCUUCAAAUGCAUCGGUCCACACCAGUGGCUUAGACGCUAUGCAGGAGUCAAGGGUAUCCUGCCACCUGUAUUUGCGGAAGGGGGCUUGAAUGCCCAAUUACCAAUCAAGUUGACCGAACAACAAUCAGAGAAUACAAAGAAGCGCAAAGCGGAUGACGAUGAAUCUUCUUCCACUGAAGAACCGACAGCGAAGCGGACCAAGGAAGCAUCGCCUCAGCAAGAGCUCACCGAGCCCCCAGCUCUCGCCACAAUCCCCGAAGAGCAGCCAACAACAGACCCCAAAGAAAAACCCAAUCCAGAGCCCAAAGCCCAAGAAUCCAAGGCCGGGCCUCAACACGCUUUCUGCAUGGACCACAAUCCCACAGCGCCGUUUUCACUGUUCCUACAAGAAGAUUUCUACUCCAGCAUCUGCCACUGCCCAGAAUGCUACAGCCAUCUCAAACCCUAUCCUCAACUUCGCGAGUUAGAAGAAACCUACGAGCCACCGCUUUCAGAAGACGGUAAUGACGGUGCCGCAAGCACAGGCACAGGCAGCAUCCUUGAACUCGGCGAAGCCGCAUUGAGCAAUGUUGACCGUGUGCGCGCCAUAGAGGGCGCUAUGGUUUACAACCAGCUCCGCGAUAAGGUGAAGGCUUUCUUGCGGCCUUUUGCUGAGAGUGGGACGGCUGUUAGCGCAGAGGAUGUGAAGGGGUAUUUUGAGAAGUUGCGGGGCGACGAAGCCGGUAUUAAGGAUGCGGCUAGUCGGGCCGAGACUGGUGGUGGUGGUGGUGAGAACGAAGAGGGAGACGGUCGACGUGAACAGAACGGUUACUGA